UCCAUUCGAUAACGUUAUUAUUGUCGUCGGGAAAUAAGGGAUGCGUCACGCCAUUAACACCACACCUAGUCGAAUAACAUACCUACAACAAUACAUACAUUGCCGUUCUGCGUAUGCAGUAUAUACCAUCGAGUACGUAAUGUUUUUAUAGCCGUUGCCUUGGUAUUACCCCAACGACCGUGAAAGUGGUAGUAAAUAAGAGUAAAAAGGACACUUUUCGACGUCGUAUAAAAACGAUCAAACACGUGCGUAGUUUAGUAGAUAGAGGACUGCUAGGCAGACAUUAAUCGAGGUAAGGUCACUUUGAGGACUCUGUUUAUGAGGAAAACAAAACAAAGGAGAGAGAGAGAGAGAGACAGAGAGAGAGAGAGAGAGAAAUAGAGAGAAAGAGAGCAAGAGAGACAGACCGAAUUAACAAAAGGACGAAAAAAAAUCAAGGAUAAAAAUAAGGAUGAGGUAACGUAAAGAAUUACGAUCUUGUGAAAGUGUACGAACGCGCGUGAUUGUAAUAUGUACGAGUAAGAAAGAUAAGAAAACCAAAAAAAAAUAAUAAUAAUAGAUAAUAAUAAAAAUAAUAAUAAUAAUAAUAAUAAUAAUAAAUAAUAAUAAUAAUAAUAUUAAUAAUAACAAUAAUACUAAUAAUAAAGAAAACGUGUAAUGUUAUACUUUCUCAAGUGCGGUGAUAAACAUAAAUCAUCCGAAGCUGAGCGGCAAACCACCGAUAAAGAAGUAUCCUCCGGGUAGAACGAAUCCGAAGGAAAUGGCCGGUGUUAUCUUUGAGGAACGGAUGAUCGACGAUUCGUAUCAUCCCAUCGAGACGAACGAUUUCGUCGACAACGCGGAUACCAUGUCGGAGACGGACAAAUGUGUGAACGACGUUAAAAUGAAAAUGCGAAGUCUGGAGAUUAGCGACUGUAAUCAGAAUCUAAUAGAACCGAGUAACAGCUCGUUCGAGCAAUUAUGCAAGAUGAUAAACGACCUGGAGGGAAACAUUAUCGAGGACGUUCCUGGAUCGAGGCGCUUCGACGCAGCUUCGCUCGAGCCGGAGAAGGAUCAUUGCAAAGAUAAAUGUGGAUCAAUCGGAGCGACUUACGACGAUAUAAUGUCGUUUUUGGCGACGCUCGAAGACGUGCGACGAGAUUGUACGUUUCAAUGUUUGUACCUUCGUUGUAUAUACUUUAUAGUUAUCAUUUUUCAACAAACUCGAAUCGCGUUCGUAGAUUACCCGAACGAGAUGCACGCAAAUCGAUCGGAGCCAGACGCGAGUGCGAUCAUUCAGGAUAUAUUUAUAAAGGACAAGCUUUCUUCUUAUUUAGAUCGUAAUAAGUGCGAUCCUUUAAAAAAUUAUUUCUCGAACGCGUUCAAAGACGACUUAAGUACGGCGCAGCUACAAUUGGAGGAGAAGGAGGCAACAAUCAAGUUGUUGAAGAACGAAUUAAAAAAUGAAAGGGAAGCAGCCUGCGAGAAAUUAAACGUAGAAAAAAAGAAGCACGCCUCGAAGCUCGAGAUGCAAGAAAAGAAAUAUCAAACGAUCGUGAAGAGACAUCAAAAGUUCAUGGAGAAGCUCAUCUCGGAGAAGACAGAUUUAACCGACAAAUGUAAUUCGUUGGCACGAACUAUCAAGGAAAUCGAAUCGAAGGCGGAAAGGGAUAUGAAAGUUUGUACGGAGAGGCAUCUCGUCGAUUUGCAAAGAGCAAAGGAACAUUUCGCAGCCUCCGAAAAGAUAAGACGAGAGCGAUGGUUGGAGGCGAGAACGUCGAAGAUAAAGGAAAUGACGGUGAAGGGAUUAGAACCCGAAUUGCGAAGCAUGGUCGAACAACAUCAGCUGGAGAUUCAGGAGAUACGAAGCACUCACAUAAAGGAACUUCAAGAUUCAGAGCUACGCGUAAUACGUCGCUCGAACCAGCAGCUAGAACAAUUACGUUUAGAACUUACAGCUAGUCACGAAAAAGUAUUAGCGAGCGAAAAGAAUAUCCUAUGGACCAGGUAUAAGGAGAAGUUAGAGGAACAGGAGGCACAGUUUCGUACGGAAAGAAUGAAAUUCGCGGAGAAUUUAGAACGCGAAAGGAACAGGUUCGACGAGGAACUAGCUAAACGCGACAUGGAGAAAGAUACGAUUAUACGACAAACGUACACCCGGUUACAGAGAGAAUUAGAGGAUGAGAAGCUAAAACACCAAGCUGAAAAGCAGGCUCUUCGGGAGAGCCUGCGAAAAGAAUGGACGGAUUGGUUAGAGAAUUACAAGAAGCAACAAAUAAUAAAACUAGAAAAAUCGGAAAAUAAAAUAAGAGAGGAGAGCCAGAUAGAACGUGAUAGACAAAUCGAGCUCGCUAUCGGUCGUCUUGAGAAGGAAGCUCGAGAUAUGAAAACGGUAGUUCAGCAAAGCUAUGAAAGUAAAUUAAGGUCUGUGAAAGAGAAAUACGAGAUGGAAUUGCAUAUUGCAACUGAUAAUGAGAAGAUCCAAAAACAAGCAUUACUAUCGAUGGAAAAUAAACUUGCACAAACAGAAAAUAGAUUAAAAACGACGGAAAAUAAACUCGACGAAUGCGUAAAUAAUUUGAGCAAUAAAAAUGUGUUGAUAGAAACCUUAACAGCCGAAAGGGACAAUGCGAAAGGAAUCGCUCGACGAGAAAUUGAAGCAGAAAAAAGAGUUUUAGAGGACAAAAUUGCUUCGUUGUAUCAAGAAUUAACGCAAAACAAUGCCAACAAAGAAAUGUUAAUGUCACAAUUGUACAGCAGGGUUAAAUUGAUAAUAACUCAAAAAGUUUUAACUAUAAAAAAUCUUUCUAAGGAACUCGAAGGAGUCAAUGCUAAAUGUGGACAUUUAGAAAAAUUAUUGGAUCAACAACGAAAAGAAUACAUUUUAAAAUCUUUAUAAAUAUGAGGCGUACACUCUGUCUCUGCGAUUUCCGAGUAUAAGCACUGAACACGACAGGCAUCGUUAAUUCACAAAUUCACACACCAUUAAUUCUCAUAGGCGAUGCAUGAGAACCUUAUAAUAACCUUUAUCUAAGAUGCAAGUAAACACGAACAUGUCAGUGGAUUGAAUUUGUUAUGAAAAGAUUUUCCAGCGCCGUUGAAUGUAGAAUUUAUUAUCACGUGCACAGGGCUAUGUCUACAUUAAAGAAAAAUAGAAAAGAAAAGAAAAGCAAAAAAAGAAAAAAAAAAGAAAUUAUACACAUUCGUACAUACAUUUCAGUAUAAGAUCUUUAUCAUUGCUGUAUAACAUUUACAAGCAUGAAAUGUCACUGUUUAUUUCACCACAAUUUUAUAAAUGUAAGAUAAAAAUAUAAUUUAAAACUGAUUUUAAA